AUGGAGCUGAGUUUCCACGAAGAUGAUACUACUGAGGAAUGUGUUGCUGGUCCAUACUCCCUUCUCGGAUGUGAGCUUAUCUGCCGGGAAGAACAGACGAUUACUAUAAGACUUAGUGAAAGAGAGUCGAACAAAAUUGUGGUGUUUACUGCUGAAAAGGAUGCCGAGACGUGGAUUUUGUUGCUGGGGGAGAUUGUUGACAAAUGCCUCCGAUUCAUUGCUGCGUAUGGAUUUCGAUCGGAAGGUAUUUAUAGAAGAAAUGGCAAGAUCUCAGAAGCAAAAGAUAUCUACAAGAAACUUACGGAGGACCCUGUUGGGACACAUAUAGCGUCAACAUCUGAAGAGACAGCUUAUGCGGUUGCUGACGUACUACGGCAGUUCUUCCGGCGACUGAAGACUCCUCUGAUUCCACAGUCCAUUCAUAAGGAUAUUUAUAAGCUAGGCUAG